UCCUAAUUUCUGAACUUUGAUGUAGCACAGGGCCUUUCACCGGGUUCAUUACCGAAGAAAUGACCAAGCUGACAAAGCCGCAAAAAAGCCGAAAGAGGAAAAAUUCCGAAGACCAAUGUUCACCUUCUCCAUGUUCGUCUUCAAAAUCAUCGAAAACGGCUAAACUUACCACCGCUUCCUCCAAUGACAGUGAGCCAUUCCCCGAUUUCCAUCGGCCCACGCCAGAGGAAUGCCGAACUGUGAGGGAUGAUCUCUUGGCCGUCCAUGGUUUCCCCAAAGAAUUCAUCAAGUACCGCAAGCAAAGAUCACUCAAUCAUGAUAAUAACAUUGGAGAUGAAGAUGAUCAUAGUGGUAUUGAUCCCUGUAAAGAGAGUGUACUGGACGGUCUAAUAAGCACCAUUUUGUCGCAGAACACCACUGAAGCUAACUCUCAGAGGGCUUUUGCUUCCCUCAAAUCCUCUUUUCCAACAUGGGAAUCUGUUCUCGCUGCUGAUGCAAAGCUUGUUGAAGAUGCCAUAAGAUGUGGAGGUUUAGCACCCACCAAAACUUCUUGUAUCAAGGGAAUAUUGAGUUCAUUGUUUCAGAAAAAAGGAAAUCUGUGCUUGGAGUACUUGAGAGAACUAUCUAUAGAGGAAAUCAAAAGGGAACUCUCUUGUUUCAGAGGGAUUGGCCCCAAAACGGUUGCAUGUGUCUUGAUGUUCCAUCUUCAGCGAGAUGAUUUUCCAGUGGACACACAUAUUUUUCAGAUUGCAAAGACUCUUCGUUGGGUACCCACUGCAGCUGAUGUAAAAAAGACAUAUCUUCAUCUGAAUCGGCGAAUUCCUGAUGAACUAAAGUUUGACAUUAAUUGUCUCAUUUAUACCCAUGGUAAGGUCUGUAGAGAAUGCUCUGGAAAAGGUUCUGACAAACCCAAAAAGGAACACAGUGACAAACUUUGCCCAUUACUGUGCCAAAGUUCUAAUGCAAUAUGAAACCAAAUUAUGAACUCUAUGCAUCUAUUCUGUGUACAUGAGGUUUUUGCUUUCUUUUUUGUUCUCUUUCAUGAUCCCUGAACUCUAUGCAUCUAUUCGUGUACAUGAUGUUUUUGCAUUCUUUUUUAGUCUCUUCCAUGAUCACUUCACUUUUGGUGCUGCAUUUGGGUCCUGUAUUUAAAGAUUAAAUAGGAAAAUUAAUUACUUCUUGUCUUUGGACCACUUCUUAGAGAAAACAGGUCAAGUCUAUCUAUUUUCAGUAGUGAUUUGUAAUGCGUCUACACCUAGUAUAUGCGUAAAUGCCUAAUUAUAUCCUCUGGUCAUUCUGCCUUUGUUGUGUUUUUCACCCCCUUAUUAUGGAAUAGAACUUUUUUGUAAAUUGAGUGAGAAGAAUGGGAUGGGGCUUGAGAUGAUUGGUGAUAAGGACCAAAUAAAAUGUGGUAUUACAACACAUUCCAUUAGGUUUCUGAAAUGGCAAAAAAGCUCCAAAGAUGUGGUCCAUUUAGCCAACUUGGGUAUAUGGAAACAAAAAACUUUUGCUUGCUAAUGCUAAUAUAUGCCAAUCACUUGCUUUAGCUGUAAAUCUGUUUUUCUAGGUGCUGGAUACAAAUUUAUUAUGCUCAAACCAGAUAUGCUCAGAUCUAAUUGGUGACAUUGAUUAAAAGAUUUGCUUCUCUCAUUAUCCACUUCAGAAUUUAUCUUAUUUUUCUUGUAAUCAAAAAGUGAUCUCAUAUGCUUUUGACAAGAAAUAAUAACCGGAUUCCGUAGAAAUUUAAAUGUAAUUCUCAAUCUUAAAUUAGGAUGGGAGUUUAGAUGAAAACCAUUAUGCAGCUUACAAGCUGUGGUGCUGGUUUCUUUUUUGAGGAUGUGGUCACAUCUUGUACGAGUCUAUAAAAACAUCGAUUAUCAAGUUUGCUACCUUCUGGUGCAAGUUUUGUGCUACUAAGUUACCUUAAGAGGUGAUAUUUCUGAGUGAAGCCCGAGAAAACUAAUGACAUGUCUAGGAAAAAAAACAGAAAGAAUAACUAAUGGCAUGUACUGGAAAAUAAAGAUAAAGU